UGCGUGUCUUUGACCUAUCGACAGCUGCGUAUGCUCGUUACCGGCACCGGACACCGUGUCGAUAUACGCCUCGCAGAAACGAAACUUGACACCAGCGAAAUUUGCAUACACUAACAACGUCCGGCGAAGUAGACUCUGUGCGUCCAUGCACGUAUAAAGAGAGUCGUCCUCGCUGUCAGAUGUCGAAAGACUCGAAACCACGUGCGCCCAUUCAGCGAUGAAGCUUCUGGCUGUGUUUUGUCUCGCGGCUGUCGCCGCAGCAGCCACGACUCAAGAGUCGCGUCCCGAAGGUCCUGAGUGCCCGCUGCUGAAAUGCGUCGGUGGUUCUAAGGUGGCCUGCAUCGUUGGUGAAGAAAGGUGCAGCUGUCGUUGCGUGCAAAGCGAGGACCCGUGCGAGUCUAUUCAAGACCAGCCCUGCCUCUUGGGCAAAAGAAACCACUGCACGACUCAAGACAUCACGUGCAAGUGUCGUUGUGUGCCCGUAUGAGAAGAGCCUGGAGCCAUGUAGGGAUGUUGCAAUAAAAUAAGCUUCGAAGAUGGA